AUGCACCUCACGUCGCCGCAUCACCCGAUGAGCCCAUCCAGCAACCACACGUCGGACGACGACAGCGCAGGAACGCGCGAGUUGGCACCAUUCCUCCGCACCUUGCGCACGCUGCUCACGUCCGAGAGCGACGACAUCAUUCGGUGGACGCCGGACGGGCUAGCGUUUGAGAUUGUUGACAUGGACGCCCUCUCGACAUCGGUCCUGCCACAUUACUUCAAGCACAGCAAGUACUCGAGUUUCCAACGACAGCUCAAUUACUUUCAUUUUAAAAAGUGGACCAAGAGCCUCGUCCAUGUGUGCACGUUCUCGAACCCGCACUUCACUCGCGACAACCCGCUCUUGAGCCUGUGCAUCACGCGAAAACGGUCGCGUAAAGAUAGCAGUGCUGCCAUCUCCGACGCCAUCCGCACCACGUCCUUGUCGCGCUCUCCAUCCUUCGAUGACUGCGAUCUCCUGACCGAUGAUGAUAUGGAGUGGCUUUUGUACUUUGAGCGGAUGGACGACACAUGCGCCGCAGGCCAAAGCGCGCUUCGCGACGAAUGGACGGUCAUGGAGCUCUAGAUGUUCGCGUAUGGUGGAGGUUGCGUGUGCAAAUAUUUAAUACUAGCUGUAUACAGACUGC